AUGCGCUCCCUGGGGACCCCCCUGGGGGCAGAAGGGGGUGUCCUCAGCACCCAGGAGGCCCCGCCUGCAGCCAGGCCUGAGAGCCACGGGGAACAGACCAACCGCCUGGCGGGGGUGGGGGGGGGGCUCAGCUCCUGGGGGCCUGCGGUCGCCCCGGCAACCCGGACACACCCCCUGGCGGUGCCGUUUCCUCUUGACACCCGCACAAGGCCCGGGUGGCACGCGCUGGGCCCCCAAGUCGUGCCCCGUCGGGAGCUGCAGGCCCUUCCCCCAGCUCCCCUGGGGCCCGCGAACCUGACCAAGGAGCAGCUGAGUCCCCGGGGCCCCCGGGGCUGUCCCUCAGGCUCAUCCUGUCGGCUGGGUGAUGUCACCAAAGGUCCCAUCUCUCUCAGCAUCGGGCCUCGACUGCUUCAUGCCGAAGGUCCACGGCUGACCGGCUCCACCAGGACUGCUGACGAGAGACGGGCUAUAGCUCAGGGCCAAGCAGAACAGGACUUCUUCUUGAGAACCAGCAGCGCGACACACCACAAGCCCCCCCAUGCCGGAGCCCCAGACGUGCUGGCCCAGGCGGCCUCUGGUCUCCCACACGUGCGGCUCCCUCACACCUGGUCAGCCAGCCGGCUGGGGAGCAGGCGUCACCUUCGGUCCUGGCCCAAACACGCACACAGAUUGGGGGCCGGGGGCUGUGGCGUCCUGUACCGGGUCGCCAGCUGGGGCUACAGCCUAGACGGUGGUGGGAGGACCUUGAGAGGAAAGCCGCACUCUCACCAGGGCAGGAAGUGCUCCCCAGGGCAAGCGUGGUCUCUGGAGCGCAUUCUCCAGGAAACCCGGAGAGGCUGCUGGGUACAGACUGCUGCCGGCGGUGACCUGAUGGACCCUCCCCGGGGCAUGGCCAUCUCGGACCUUCUUGUGCAGGAACUGGAGAGCCGGGUCAGAGGGCCUGGACGACAAGGAGGACACCAGGCAGCCCCACCCCCGCUGCCCAUCUACCGGAGAAGAGCAUCUGGCCAGCUGAGCUCUGGGCAGGUGAUGUGUUACCUCUACAUCUAUGAAGACCCGGAGGAUAGGUCCACGUCAUCAUUCAGGUGGCCAACCUUGGCCCUCUGCUCCACGUUCCUGAUGUUACCGAUCAGAGCCAGCACGCCCAAGAAGAAAAGUCUGGUGCCCAACUGGAUAGAGAAGGGCCUGAUCGUCCUACGGCAAGUGGCCAGCCGGGACGAACAGACCCCAGAAUGGAAACUUUGCCAAAAAGAGCGCUCCCUCAGCAAGUCAGCUCAGGCCAUCAACCGCUACUACAGGAAGACGAGAGAUUUCAACAAGGACACCAGCCCCCAGGACAGCGGCUUCCUGUCUGAAAUGGAGGAGCUUCGGCGCAAGUUUCUCACACGUCCGGGCUGUCCCCAGUUCAGCACCAGGUCCACGUCCAUGACCCACUAUGGUUCAGCCACGACUCUCGCUCUGCCCGAGGACACGUACGUCAGCUCUGAGACCUGGAAGGUGACUGAGGACGUGCUCUCUGGUCAGGAGAGCUUGGACACGAAGGUGGACGGCUGCCGGCUUCCCUUUAGUAAGAGUGCCUGCGAGUUCAAUUACCUUCGGAAGAAGAGUGGAUCCCAGGUGUUGAGCCCGGCCCCCAGCAACCUGGUCCUAGGGCAGAGCUACCCAAGGAAGUGGGUACCUUGGUACAUCUCUGUCAUCCACGAGAAGGAAGUCCAGCACCUCUCCGAGCUGGAGGUGCAGGUUCAGAAGAAAGACGAGGAGAUCCUGGCUCUCCAGGAGGAGAGGGAGGCCUUGAGAAAGCAGCUGAAAUGCUUCCUGCAGAGCAAAAGCCAGGAGACCUUGCUGAGCGAGGUCAUGAGGGAGCGGCCGUCGGGGUCCGCGCCGAAGCUGCAGGGGAGACUGCGCGCCCGUAGAACCUUCUCCGGAGACGAGGAGGAGCCGGAGCACAGGCAGCAGAUGCGGGGAGAGCACGCCGUGGCCGCCGGAGGCAAGGACCUGGAAGGAGGCAGCUACGAGGAGGAAGAGGGCCUGGAAGGGGAGGACGAGCGGGCGGCGGACGAGGGGCCGAGCGCCAGUGCCAGCAGGAAGGGGGCUCUGCAGGAGAAGCGAGGCGAGGAGGAGGAGAAGGUGGGGAUGGUGGUGGCCGCGGAGGGGGAGGAAGAGGAGGCGGAGGGUGUGAUGGAGCUGGAUGAGGAGAAGGAGACGCAGGAGGAGGAGGCCGCGGGCAGGAAGAGGGCUGGCUCCGUGGCCGACGCCUUUGAGGAGGAGCUGAGAGCCCAGCUGGAGGAGUACGAGCAGCUGGUCCAGGAGUUCCAGUUCCAGCUCGAGAUCACCAGGACCAGACACUCCCUGGCAACAGGAGCCAUCAUGUCUUUACAACGACAAGUGGAAAUCCAAGAAUCGCAACUGCAGAGCUUCAACACGGAGAACGAGGUGCUGCAGAAGGAGCUGUGGGACCGGAAGCAACAGCUGCAAGCCAUGUCCGACAAGUUCUCCAACCUCCGGGAAGACAAGAAGCGCGAGGAGAUGAUGGGACUGAUCGAGAAGGACAACUUCUUCCUCCGACAGCAAGUGUCAGAGCUGGAGAAAGAACUGGUCAAGCGGGAACAGACCAUCUCGGAGUUGGAGGCCAAGGUCAGCCAGCUGCAGGCCCAGGUGAACCAGAGCCAGGACCGUCUGCAGAGGCGGAAGCAGCUGCAGGAGGAGAUGCAGAGCAAGAACGAGAUGAUUCAGCAGGCGGAACAGCAGGUCCGCGUGGCCCUGGAGAGCACCCAGUCCAGGCUCGAAAGACUAAGGAACAAGAUCAUCCAGGCCACCUUCAACACCAUAGGAUUCAAGUCCUUGGCCACCGAGAUCUCUGACUAUGACAUCCUGGAAGCCUUGCAGUGGAUCAUCUCAGAGAGAACUGACUACUACAACCAGUUGAAACAGAAGGGGGUCAAAGUGCCCCCCCUGCAGCAGUCGGAGAUCUUAUCCUCGCCCAGCAAGUCCAAGAAGAUAACCUCCAAGUAG